AUGUCGAUUCAUCAGCAAGAACCAUGCGUUCAGCUCACUUCGAUGCCGCAAUUGGCUGAGGCACUAAGCCUAGAAGAUGACUGGACCGGGACAACAGAUGCUGCAGCAAGAAGGCGGGCGCAGACGAGGCUGAACAUGAGAGCAUACCGGAAGCGGAAGGCUCAAGAAAAGAAGGUCAAGGCAUCAAAGGCUGAGGCUGAGACAGUCAAAUCUGAACCAGUGGUUGAAUGCUGGGAUAUCAACCAAGAAACCAUGUCCAUCGUCCCAGCAUCCCAUGCCAAUCAGAUCUACAACGCUAGGCAGCCCCUACUACCAUACAGGACCAAGAAGAAUCAGUCAAACGUCGCCUUUCCACUCAGUUCAGAUCAUUUAAUCACACUUCUCCAAUACAACGCCCUCCGCGCCUUAGCCGUUAACAGGACUUUCAUCUCCGGCAUGCUAACCACGCCCCUUGACUGCGGCGAUGAGGACAUCAUCCACGUAGUCCCAUACCCAACCGACCCGAAUUCUCUCCCUUCAGCCCUUCUCCCCACAGUUCUACAACAAACAGUCAUGCACUGUGAUUGGAUUGAUAUGUUUCCCUCCCCAGAAGCCCGGGACUGUUUGAUUCGAGCUUAUGGGACUUUCGAUGAGGAUGAUUUAUGGGCUGAUUGCAUUGGUGGUUUGUAUGAGGGCUUUCAUGACGAUGAGAUGGAAAGACGUGGCUUGAUUGCUUGGUCACCGCCGUGGGAUGUAUCAGGAUGGGAAAUGUCAGAGGGGUUUGUUAAGAAAUGGGGUUGGUUAUUCAAAGACUUGUCUGGGCCGUUGGAGGCGACGAAUCGGUGGAGAAUUGAGAGAGGUGAGGAGCCUCUUGACCAUAAAGAUUAUCCGCCAUAUCCUCCCGUAUCUGGUUUUGUUAUAUCAGAAUUUUAGUCUUAACAUGGAUCUUGCAAUCGAACUAGGGUAGGUAAAAUAAGAAACGUC